AUGGACGACGUGAAGGGCUUCUUUCGCUUCAUUAUCAACUCGCCCAAGUAUUCGGGGCAGGACCUGAAGGACUACUGGGUGAACGAGGGUCCCAAGGCCAUUUUCGUGGUCGGCUGGCUGCUCAUCAACGCGGGGCUCAUGGUCGAAAGAGCGGUACACUAUGCCAACCUCAGUCCAGGCCCCUAUGACGUUUUUGGAGGCGCCCUCAUCGCGGCGAGAGCGAGCGCGGUGGCUAUCAAGUUCAACAUGGGGCUCCUCCUCAUUCCGGUGCUCCGUAACUUUCUCUCCUAUCUCCGGGGUACGGUGGUGGGCACCUAUCUGCCCAUCGACAAGUCCAUCGUUUUCCACAGGCGAAUCGCUUGGAUGAUCGCAUUCUUGACGAUCGUUCACGCCACAGCCCACUACGUCAACUACAACACCACCGAGAACUACCCCAACAUCAUCGAGUACAAGGACCGGACGGGGUUCAAGGGCAAUUCCCUGCCCACCACUUGGGAGUCGGCAUGGACCACACUGGCCGGCACCACUGGACACCUGGCGGUGUUGGUGAUGAUCCUGAUCUACACGAGUGCCAUGGAGAGCGUGCGUCGACCCUAUUUCGAGGCCUUCUGGUUCACCCACCACCUGUUCGUCAUCUGGUUCGGACUGCUCGUCGCCCACGGCGCCAUGUCCAACCUCGAGACCACCACCGUUUGGGCCUGGAUUGCCGGUCCACUGCUGGUCUACCUGAUCGAGCGCCUGGUUCGUCUGGUGCGCGGCAACCAGAACACCAUCCUCCAAAAGCUCGUGGGCCAUCCCUCGCGCGUACUCGAGCUGAGGAUGAAGAAGUCGAGCUUCAAGUUCGAGGCGGCGCAGUAUCUCUUCCUCAACUGUCCCUACAUCUCCCGCAACGAGUGGCACCCGUUCACGAUCUCCUCCGCGCCCGAGGAGGACUUCGUGUCGGUGCACAUCCGCGUGGUGGGCGACUGGACCGGCAAGAUGGAGAAGCUCUUCAAUCCCGAGCGCAACCUGGGCGUCGUGGCGGAAAAUGUGCUCACGGCACCCAACGGAAUGCCCAUUCUUCGCAUCGACGGCCCCUUCGGUACGGCCUCCACCGACAUCUUCAAGUUCGAGACCGUCAUGCUCAUCGGCGCCGGCAUCGGCGUGACUCCGUUUGCCUCGAUUUUGAAGACCAUUCGCUUCCGCCUCGAAGCCGCGCUGCAGGACGGUGGUGUUGGGUCCAGUGACGGUCGGCUUCGUUCGGCGGCGCCGAUUUCGGUGACCAAGGUGUACUUCUACCACAUCGUGCGGGAGAAGAACGCGUUUGAGUGGUUCUUCGAGGUGCUGGUCGCGCUGGAGAACGACAACGUCAACAACUUCCUCGAAAUCCACACCUAUCUCACCUCCGUCAAGAGCCUCGACGAGGCCCGCCGUCUUGUUGGCGAAGACGACGCCGCUGUGUUUGGCGACAGGGACCCCGUGACAGGCCUCCGCACUCCGGCGCACUACGGCCGGCCCAACUUCGACGAGAUCUUCAGGACCGUCGCCGACCUGCACCCCGAGGAACACGUCGGCGUCUUCUUCUGUGGCCCGCACUCGCUCUCCAAGCAGCUCUACGGCUUUGCGCGAAGGCAGUCGCGGGCGACCACCACCAAGUUCCACUACCACAAGGAGAACUUCUAA